AUGCUUCCUCCGGCGGCCGGGGCAGUUGCGGGCAGCGACAUUUUCGACGCAGUGCAAAGGGGAGACGCGGAGCGCUGCGCGUACCUCCUGGAGCUUGACCGUUCGCUGCUGGCGCGCCGGGACUCGGUUCUCCGGGACGGGGGCCGGACUCUGGCAGAGCUGUUGCUGCGGAGUGGAGCUGACCCCAACACACCGAGCGAUGCAGGACAAACACCCUUUCAUUUCGCCUGCAGGCACGGCGAUGUCUUUGUCCUUCACCUGAUGCUGAGGCACGGUGCCGACCUGAGCCUCGUAGACCAGCAGGGGAAGACAGCUCUUCACUAUUCAGUCACCGGGGGAAGUAUAUUUGCUAUACGGUACCUGGAGGAGACUGGCAGGUUCUCUUUCUCCGACACGGAUAAGUUCGCGGUCACUCCGCUUCAUCUCGCAGCGUCAACUGGAAACGUCGAUGUGGUGAAGUACCUGCUGAGGAAUAACAGGUGCCCGGCUGCGGCGGCGGACUGGCAGGGGGGGACGGCCCUGCACACGGCAGCCGAGGCGGGCGCUGUAGAUGUGAGCUGGGCGCUGCUGCAGGAGGCCGGCUUCCACCUCCUGCACUUGAAGAACAGGAACGGACGUACCCCCCUCGACCUCUCCGGGCAGGGAGCGACGUACAGACAUCAGCAGCUAACAAACAUUUUGCGCAAGUUCAUCAAUGAACCGGUGGAUCAGAAACCCAAGGCUUCCUAUGGCUUUUACUACUGGGCUCUUCUGUUUCCUGGUGUCUGUGGAUCUGUGGUCCUGCUGGUUGCUGCUCUGCUGGGGAAAUAUGGGGGGAUAUUCUGUGGCCUCAUAUUCCCUUGGCUUGGAAGAGUCAUUUUCUCACAGUACCACAGGAUGAGCGGCCAUCAGAGGUCACCUAAUCCUAUAUACCUGGGAACACUGGCAGCCGGCAUUUUCCAUUCUUUGGUCUGCUUUUUUGGCAAAAUCUUGCCAGGUAUCUGGCCUGCCAGCGCCUUGUUCCUGGUGUCAGUGACCCACUUCGCAGGGACGCUGUGGAUCUUCAGGGUGCUCCUCACCAGAGACCCAGGCCAGUUACAGACGGCCGACAGCGACCCACAGUUUGCAAAGAUUGCAGACCUUGUGGAUGCAGACCACACUCCCAUCAACUUUUGCAUCUACUGUGAGCUAUUCCAGCCAGAAAGGUGCAAGCACUGCAAACUUUGCAACAUCUGUGUGCUUGAGUUCAACCACCACUGUCUCUUCCUAAACCGCUGCAUUGCCAAGAACAACCAUCGCCUCUUCCUGAUCUUUCUACUGGAGCUGACAGUCGCACAUGGGAUCUUUAUAUUCGCGGCGCUGUGCUACCUCCAUCGGAAAUACAGUCAGCCUCUUUGGACCGUGUGCACGGCGGUUCUGACCGAGGAGGUGUGGGUGCUGGUUCUGACCGUCAUGAACCUCCUGACCUUAGUGUGGGAGGCCUGUCUUCUCAAGGAGCAGAUUGGAGCCGUCUCAGUGGGCUCCACCACACACUUCAAGCCACACCCUGGCAAGCCCCUCUCCUGGACACGACAGUGCAGGGCCAUCUUGACAUUUCUGGCCGAAGACAAAAGGACGGCCAAUUUUCAUCAAAAGGCCUCCGUAAAUAUUUGAACCAUUAUUAGUAAGUACGUUAGAAUCAAUAGGUUGUCGUGGGUUCUUGUAAAUCUGUUUCGGGUGGCUGAUUCUCAUAGACCAUAGAGGGGUGAGCCUCCCUCUACACCAGCACGGAGGCUGUUGCUGGGGUGCACUCGAGCCCCACCCCUCCGCGCUCCUGUCGUCACGAGCGGCUGGCGAGUUUGAGGGACGCCCUGGCCCUGUCCAUGGACUGCCCCUCACAGGGAGGAGCUGACUGAUCACACUUGCCCUCAACAGGGUAAAACUGGGCUCGGUGGGGUCAGUGGAUGUCCUUUAUUCAGGGACAAAACAGCUUGGCAGCACAAUUUGUGCUGAAGUCUUACAGGUGUGUUAAGAACAAACCUACAGUUUCAUAUAAGCUUCCAAGCUGCCAACUCGUAUUUCUCAUGGUUCUUUAAAAGGAAUUGUCCCUAUUUUUGUGAAUAGCACUGGAACAAUAAGCAGGAAUGUAGUUUUUUACACCUACAAAUAUUUUAAUGGGGAUUUUUUUAAAAGAAAUGUCUAAUUUUAAUAGCGUUUUCCAGAUGGCAGUGAAGGUCUCGGCUGAUACUGAUAUUGGAGACGUUGAACAUGAAUGAGGGUUGAUGACACAAGGAAGCUUUUUUUGUCUAAUGGAUUUCUUCCCAAAGCGUUUUACUGUCUUCCAAAACUGGAAUGCAUUAGACCCAUUUUAAUUCUAAAAUGUGUACAGUGCACUUACACCAUUCGGUUUUUAGUAAUAUGAAAUUACAUGUUUUUUUUUUGUUGGAAAUUUGUGUACAUUUUUUAGAUUAUUUUGUUUUAUUUUCGAAAUCUGUUCACAUAUUUCCUCAAAUGAAACAAGAUUUUCAUAUUACAGUACCUUUCUGAGAAGCAGUGUGAAUUAUUUGCUUUCUUUUCUUUUCUUUGCUCUUUAAGCCACACAGCAAAGCCAUUAAAAGCGACCCCCUACUGUACUGUUUAAAUUAUUUCCACUAAGUUGCGUUAUCCUUUGAGACCCAGAGAAAGUAUGUGUCAGAGAAAGUGUAAUCUAUUUAUAUUUUGUGAGUAGAGGAGAAAAAGCUUUUUCUACAUGUGUGUAGAAACACAAGGAAUUGUUCUGAUUGUGACCCUAGCAAGCCACCUUACAUAAAAUGUAUUCUGCUAAUUUCUUUGUAUUUGUUUUGCUACCAUUGUUAUUAUCUUUUUUUUUUGUAGUGGUUAAUAAUAAUUGUAGCUUAGCUGUUUCAUAAUAAUACAAGUUUUAUAAUGCCUUUUCAAACACUCACAGUGCUUUACACAUGUAAGACGCAUGGAGGAAGUAAAAAGAAACUUUAGCUGUAGGAAACGUGACUACAUUUUGAAAAUGUACCCAGAAAAUUGGCUUUGUGAAACCAAGAAUAAAAUGAAUUUAAAAACUAUUAAAAGUAUUCAUGAAAAGGCUAGAAAAUCAGUUGACACUGCACUGGUGUUUCCAUGUCUUUGAAACUGAGUGCAUUCCUGCAUUUUUGGGGACCCAGGAGAAGACACUCCUACCUGCAGCCUGGGAAUUUCCCUUUACGGUGCUAUUCCAGCAGGCUUUGUCCAGCUACAUUGUUGGCUGCUAAUAAUUAACCAUUUCCAUAUCCUGGGAUAUCAUCUCCUGGAAUUGCUGGUUCGUCUUUGAUCUGAGUUCCAAUAGUGGUAUUAACGUAAUUAAAAUCGCAGUGUGCAGGGUCAAGUGAGUUCAGAGAUUUUAAUUGUGUUUCAGACUGUAACUGCAGGGACAUCAAGCCCAGAUUCCUGAUUCUGAGGUGUUGCAGCCAUUAAUGGAAGGGGUCCAGUACCGUCUGAUUUCCAAUAAUUGAUUGCUAUUCAUUUGUUCCAAGAACGCAAUGUUUGGGUAAUUAAGUCAGCAAAUUUUUAUACUGUUCCAUCCCUUAUAGAUGUCUUUUACAGCCGGGAUAUUAUGACACUCGUUUAAUAUGUUUUACGUUGCCUGUAAUGUAACUGGAACUAUCAAGGCCUGAGGAAUCCGCCAGCUGGGUUUGGCAGAGUUUAAAGAGCAGCAGCCUUCUGGCUCAUAAUAACAUUUGUCUCCAUACCAACUGACAGCCUUUCUGCUCAUGCCUGCAGUGAAUCAUUGUUAUGGACUUUAACAGCCAUCUUCAUGUGAAGCAUUGCAUCUUCUGGUAGUCAGCUAUUCAAUUGUUCCACAUCCAUUAGUAAAUUGAAUAAUAUUUCAAUCUAAUUGCACAUAUUACGUUAAUCUAGUUUUAUUCUGGCUCAGAAUUUCCUGGUAAUUCUGUGUCUGUUGCAAGUCACUAUCUGCUCCAGAAAACCAUUCUUAUCUGUGCACAGUCCCAUCGCAGAGAGAGAUAAAAGUCUAUAUAGAGCUUCUGGAAACAUCGUUUUGUAUUUAUAGAUGUGUAUUCAGAAAAGAUCCGUCAAGGAUAUUCUGAAGUAGGAGAAAUGUACAUUUAAAUAACAUGAGGAUGAUGAAGCCAAUGAUAGGUUUUCUUUUUUUCAUCUUUAUUGUUAUUAAUGUUUUUAUUAAUAAUAAUAUAGGAAAACAUGGUCCUAUUUGCAGUUUCUCUGCACAUACUGUGGAAGUGUUAAUAUUGUUAUGACUGUAACUGCUUUCUUAUAGUUGACUUUUGAUUUCAAAUUAUAAAUGUAUUAAUUAUAGCAUUUUAACUGUGAUUUAAGCUAAACUGAAUGACAACAUACGUCUACUUCCCUUCUCAUGAAGCACAAUUAGAUCAAAUUGGUGAAACAACUGUGAUUCUGAUUUAACCAUAUUUCAUAUAUAUGUAGCAAUGAAUACAUGAAUCCCAUUAAAUGCGCAGCUGAUAUUA